AUGCAGUCACUUUUCUCCCAUCCUUUGGAUCUCAGAGUCUUUACAUUUGGACGGGUAUCAGACGAUACCGCUGAGUCACGAAGAUCUCAUGAUGUUCUGAAUAUCCUGGGUGACGUUUACCAAAUGGUUCGGCUCUCACGACAAUGGCAACCCUAUUCAAAUGAUACCCACGGUUCCCGUCAGUCCUCGACGCAUCUAGCAGACAUUUAUGACUUCCUGGUUACUACGCGGCAGUCUGCGGAAACCAGCUCGCUCCAGAACACUGACCCUCGGAUGCAGGCUGUUCUCACCGCCGGUCUUCUAUUUGCCUGCUCCAGUUUUGCUUCUGAUAAAACCGACUCUACUAAUAUACCAUAUGCCAUCUGUGAGCUACAGUCUCUUCUUCGACAGACAGAUAUCGAUGGAUUCUGGGGCCCACUUCCCGGAGCUCUCAUCUGGUGUCUUGCCAUUGGGACUAGGUUAUCCAAGCCUGGUCCGAUGCGGAAGUGGUUCAUUAUGCAGACAACUCGAGUCACAUGUGCUUUGGCAAUGGAACAUUGUGAGGCCGUGCUCUGGUGUCUUGAAGAGAUUCUAGCGGGCCUGGAUGUAGAGGAGAUAUCAAGUAGUGAUGUCGUUCUGUAG